GAGGGUAUGUAUUGUUCACCAAUGAUCGCUCUAAGUGGGAGAUGAAUUGAUAACUCUUGCUACUUUUCCAUGGUGUAUGAAACUGAAUGUUCCGAAAAUUUGUCAUUUUGGCUUAGUCUCCGUUUCAACAUACAAUACUUAGCCAGCGUUCGCAAAUGGGGAACAGGAACCUCAAGGGGUAGCCCACUGAUUUAUAGGAUUUUGUUAAUUCAUGGGUGAGGGGCUGGUAUCUAACUUGUUUCCAGGACUCAACGCGCGUCAUCUUUCAUUUGAUUGUUGUCAAAGUUUCCUAAAGUUUGCAGGCUUCUCUACCGAUGAAUUUAUUUCCAGAUUUAGUUCGUAUUUUAUGGAGAAGACUUUAGACGAAGAAAAAGCAAUGAAAAAUACAGCUGUUCCCCUCUUCACAAGGAUGGAACUUUGUCAAGGUAAAGUAACUUCGCAUCACGAGAAAAUGAAGCUCGAAUCGUAAUUUGAGUGGGCGAAAAUUAUGUCUCAUCGGAGAGACGGAUCGGCCAGUGGAAGGACUAUUCCACAUACACGAAUCGAGGACGAGAGGCAGAUAGAGGAUAUCUACGAAUUCGGCGAAGUUCUGGGAAAAGGGAGCUUUGGAGUUGUAAAGGAAGCGAGGAAUAGAGAAACGGGUUGUGUGUGGGCCAUAAAGGCUGUUAACAAGGAGAAGGCUGGUACCUCUGCAGUUAAACUAUUAGAGAGAGAAGUUCUAAUUAUGAAAAAGAUUGAUCAUGAACAUUUAAUCCACCUGGAGGAAAUAUAUGAAACAUCAAAGCGUAUGUAUUUAGUAAUGGAACUAUGUGAUGCUGGUGGUAUACAAAAGCUUUUAGAAAGAAAGACAAGGUUUUCAGAAAAGGAAACGUGGACUGUGAUAAAACAACUGGCUCAUGCUGUUGCCUAUCUCCAUGAUCAGUAUAUUGUUCAUAGAGAUUUAAAAUUGGAAAAUAUUCUUCUCAGUCAACCGGUUGGAAAUGAGUUGCUCAAUAUUAAGCUAACUGAUUUUGGCCUGUCAUUUGUGAAAGGCGGUGUUGGCAGUGACUCAAUGAUGCAAUCUGUUUGUGGUACUCCAAUUUACAUGGCUCCAGAAGUUAUAGAUGACCUUGGUUAUAGUCAACAAUGUGAUAUUUGGAGUAUAGGUGUAAUAAUGUUUACUCUUUUAACUGGGAGGCCACCAUUUGUAGCAGAAACAGAAGAAAAGCUCUAUGAAUUAAUUAAGAAGGGUAUAGUGGAUUUUUCUGAUCCCUGCUGGGAAACAUGCCAUGAGUCUGGUAAGAUCUAUUGUCAUAAAUACUGUGGCGAUCAAAAUGCCUCUGAGACAUCAAAUGUUCUUGAAUUAAUGAGAGAGUUCAGUAAGGAGCAAAGAAAGGGUGAUCAAAAUGCCUCUGAGACAUCAAAUGUUCUUGAACUAAUGAGAGAGUUCAGUAAGGAGCAAAGAAAGAGCUCAGAAAGUCAAGAUGAUGACAAAGAGACCAAUAACAAUAUUACCAGUGAAAUGGAAGAUGGACUGAUGCCAUCUCCUGGAUCUUCUUCUGAAAGUCCUAAAGAGGACAGUGAUAGGAAGCAGACUAAUUCUGCAAAAGCUAGCUCCGCUCCUAAGAAGGCAACUCCGUCAACUAAUAGGAAAGCGUCAAAUCAAACCCCUCGUCGAGGAAAUGUAGCCAAUAACAUGGCGCCACCGUCACCCAGCGCACGAGAUUCCCACAGCCCCUCCAGGGGCUCACCCUCUAGCAGCAGCAAGUCGGUCCCAGGCUAUAUGCAACCUACAAGAAGUUCAGGUGCUAGCAAGGGGUCUGGGACCCCAAGAGCCAGAAAGGGGUCGGAAAAGAAAAGAUGAUGCAGGCGAUCAUUUAUUAGAGACUAUUUUUUGACGAUUGAAUAGAGGCAGUAACCUUUUUAUAGAAAUUUCACAUUCAUUGCAAAUAUCGAGACUGUGAAUUCGCCAUCUCAGCUCGGAAUGAAGAUUCUCCUUACCAAGUUCCAUAGAUUCCUUUAAUGGUAGUUCUGAGAAUUUAGGGUCACAUCAAGGUAAUGUUCUCUAGUUUGUGAAUUUCUUCGUCGUUGUCCUGCACCUGCUUGCUUGUCAGUGUAGUUAUCGCAAGCAGAACCGAGAGCGAUAAAUUCCUGCCUUUGAUAGCCUGUGCAGAAAUGGAGCUAGCGAAGAUGAUGUGACUGUACGAUUUGUCAAGUUUCAUUGUUUUGUUGGAGUCAUGCUUGACCAAACGUUCCCCACUGAUCGUUGUGCCCACUUACAGGGUUCCUGCAAUCAUGAGGAAGGAUCUUGUGACUGAUAAACCAGAUACACAGGGUCGAUCUAGACCUCUUAAAACUGAUGGUACGGUUAAAUAAUCCAGUUUAAUCGACUGAAUCUUCGUACAGACACAUUUGGCUUCUCCAUGUCCAACGGUAGAUUGAGCGGUUUUCGAUUGAGUGUCGAAAGUAAUCAGACAAUUACUUUAGUUUUGGUUUUGGUUUUACUUCAGUUUUAGAUUGGCUUAGUAGUCUAAUUGGUAAGUAAUUGGUUUGGUUUUGGUUUUACGACACUCAAUUGAAAACCGCUCUAUAGUGGUGUUACAAAUUCGAAAUCAGAUGUGGUAUUUAAGGCUAUUUAGAACUAGAUACCUCAACGCUUCACCACCAGGAAUAUCUUUAUUGUGGCAUUCAGGUUUUCGUGACCAAACGCACUUGGUAACAUUGAUUUUUCUUGAAAACUUUGGGGUAGAUAUCGCUUCCAUACAGGUGCAAAUGUUUCUUAUUGUUUACGACUAGGUGCUCGCUAACUUCGGCAAAAUUUGUUUGCUGUAACUGGUAUUCUUCUGUGACAUCAUCUAAUAAUAUUUCUAAGAGAAUUCCCCAAUUUGAAAAGAGCGUCAAAAGAUACCUUGAGAGGGCAAUAAGCACACUGUUAUGCCUUAUUGUCAUUAUUAAAGUACCAUAAAGCUGACUUCAAACGUCGAAACUGUCAUGAGUUAUGCCGAACCUUUACACAAUGAUAAUAAUUACAGGCUGAACGGAACGACCGCGGUACUCGCGCAAUAGGACUGCGGUUCAUGCCCGACACAACCGCGCCAUGUACAUUUCAUAGACUACGAGUAGUCCCUCUUGCGCUUAGUCCGUCGUACUCGAAAGAAAACCGCAAGAAAAUGGCCCCUAGGAU